CCCACGACUAAUGCCCUUGGUUUUCCCAUUUCUUGUAGGCUCGCUAUACCUUGAAGUACGAUCAUGUGCGUGGCUCUUUGGAAAUGAAGAUGACCGACGAUAUCGUGUGUCUCUUGUACAAAUCCGAUGCAGCUCAAGAUGUCAAGAAGAUGGAAAAAUUCAUUACCAACCUCAUGCGGCAUAUGGCAUCUAGCGAGGAGCACUAAGCUUCAUCCAGAGUCAGUCCCUUCUCGAUCGUGCAUUUAUUCAUUUUUCCGGACAAAAACAAUUUUCCGACCGUGAUACGUCGUCAUGGCGGCUAGUGACAAUAUGCGAAAUGAGGGCGGUCCUACCGUCAAGUUUGAAAAUGGGCGGCAACACAGCAGUGCUCACACCGUGGGUCCUGCCUUGCCCAAGGAUGGACAAGUGAUGGCGGCCAUCCUCAAGGACAUGGGUAUUCUCGAUUAUGAGGCCAAGGUGAUCAAUCAGUUGCUCGAGUACUCGUAUCGAUACGUGACCGAUGUCCUUCAAGAUGCCAAGAUCGUGUCCGGUCAUGCCAAGAAGAAGGUCAUCGAUGUGGAAGACGUGAAAUUAGCCGUACAGAUGUAUUCUGAGCAAAACAUGACCGCCCCGUUAAGCCGCGAGUUGCUUCUGGAUGCGGCUCGAGUUAAAAACCGCCAGCCUUUACCCAUUCCACGGCCAUCCUACGGUCUACGGCUCCCGCCUGAUCGCCAUUGCUUGACCGCUUGUAACUAUCGCAUGAAAUUCAAACCCAAAGGUCGCACGCCCGCAGCAGGGGGUUACGGCAAAGCCGGUGCCGCCCAAGCUAAAAUGGUACUGCCACAAACGCAAGGUGGUGCAGUACCAUUCACGGUCAUGAAGGGCGCAGGGGGCGGUGGUGUCAAUCCCAUGUUUAAGAUCAAUGCGGCAGAUCCGAGCGGCGCACCCGCAGCCAAAUUUCAAAUGGGCGUGCCUGCGGGUGCCGUUGGUGGGAACCAAACACCCGCCUUCAAGAUUCAGAUCAAUCCUCUUCCAACCCCGCCCAGUGGGGUCAAGCGGAAGGCCGAUGACAUGGAUAUCUCGUUUUAGAUGAGCGCUGCAAUCACGCCGAUCUUUUCCGUCUCUACCGAUUUCAUCUAUUCUUUAUCCCGUCGCAUUCAAUGGCCAAUCAAUAAACAUAGUGGUUAAGUUUUUCCUGGUCAA